AUGCUAAACUACUGGCGGACUGCAGAGGAGAGGGGUCCCGUCUUCUCCUGAUGUCAAUUUCUGCUGCGAGCCUAAGAGGGGCGAGCCGCCCGAGAUCUCUUCAAGAUACCCCAGGGGAGGAGGUGAUGGGCUGGAUUUAGUAGGACAACUCGAUUACUAAUGACUCCGCGGCUGGCUGCGACCCGCCGGGAAAUCAGGUGCAAGCAUGUUUGCCUGUAGGUACCUGAACUGACACCGACGGUGCCUAAAGAUGCUGAGCGGCGUUUGGUUCCUCAGUGUGUUAACCGUGGCCGGGAUCUUACAGACGGAGAGCCGCAAAACUGCCAAAGACAUUUGCAAGAUCCGCUGCCUGUGUGAAGAGAAGGAAAACGUCCUGAAUAUUAACUGUGAAAACAAAGGAUUUACAACUGUCAGCCUGCUCCAGCCGCCCCAGUAUCGAAUCUAUCAGCUUUUCCUCAAUGGAAACCUCCUGACGAGACUGUACCCUAACGAGUUCGUCAAUUACUCCAACGCUGUGACUCUCCACCUGGGCAACAACGGGCUGCAGGAGAUCCGAACCGGGGCGUUCAGCGGCCUGAAAACCCUCAAGAGACUGCACCUCAACAACAACAAGCUCGAGGUGCUGAGGGAAGACACCUUCCUGGGCCUGGAGAACCUCGAGUACCUCCAGGCCGACUACAAUUACAUCAGUGCCAUCGAGGCAGGGGCGUUCAGCAAACUGAAUAAGCUCAAAGUGCUCAUCCUGAAUGACAACCUUCUGCUGUCGCUGCCCAGCAAUGUGUUCCGCUUCGUCCUGCUGACCCACUUAGACCUGAGAGGGAACAGGCUGAAAGUGAUGCCUUUCGCUGGCGUCCUUGAGCACAUUGGAGGGAUCAUGGAGAUUCAGCUGGAGGAGAACCCAUGGAAUUGCACUUGUGACUUACUUCCUCUCAAGGCUUGGCUGGACACCAUAACUGUGUUUGUCGGGGAGAUUGUCUGUGAAACUCCCUUUCGACUGCAUGGGAAAGAUGUGACCCAACUGACCAGGCAAGAUCUCUGUCCCAGAAAAAGUACCGGCGACUCCAGCCAGAGGGGCAGCCAUGCAGACACGCACGUCCAAAGGCUGUCGCCCACCAUGAAUCCCGCUCUCAACCCAACCAGGGCUCCCAAAGCCAGCCGGCCCCCCAAAAUGAGAAAUCGCCCGACUCCCAGGGUCACCGUGUCAAAGGACAGGCAGAGCUUUGGGCCUAUCAUGGUGUACCAGACCAAGUCCCCCGUGCCCCUCACCUGCCCCAGCAGCUGUGUCUGUACCUCUCAGAGCUCAGACAAUGGUCUAAACGUAAAUUGCCAAGAAAGGAAGUUCACGAAUAUCUCCGACCUGCAGCCCAAACCUACCAGUCCAAAGAAGCUCUACCUGACAGGGAACUAUCUUCAAACUGUCUAUAAGAACGACCUCUUAGAAUACAGUUCUUUGGACUUGUUGCAUUUAGGAAACAACAGGAUUGCAGUCAUUCAGGAAGGUGCCUUCACAAACCUGACCAGCUUACGCAGACUUUACCUGAAUGGCAAUUACCUUGAAGUGCUGUAUCCUUCUAUGUUUGAUGGACUGCAGAGCUUGCAGUAUCUCUAUUUAGAGUAUAAUGUCAUCAAGGAGAUUAAGCCACUGACCUUUGAUGCUUUGAUUAACCUACAGCUACUGUUUCUGAAUAACAACCUGCUGCGCUCCCUACCCGAUAAUAUAUUUGGGGGAACGGCCCUCACCAGGCUGAAUCUGAGAAACAACCAUUUUUCUCACCUGCCUGUGAAAGGGGUUCUGGAUCAACUUCCGGCGUUUAUCCAGAUAGAUCUGCAAGAGAACCCAUGGGACUGCACCUGUGACAUCAUGGGGCUAAAGGACUGGACAGAACAUGCCAAUUCCCCGGUCAUCAUCAAUGAGGUGACCUGCGAAUCUCCCGCAAAGCAUGCCGGGGAGAUCCUGAAGUUUCUGGGGAGGGAAGCUAUCUGUCCUGACAGCCCCAACUUGUCAGACGGAACCGUUUUGUCCAUGAAUCACAACACAGACACUCCUCGGUCGCUUAGUGUGUCACCCAGUUCCUAUCCGGAGCUCCACACUGAAGUUCCACUUUCCGUCUUAAUUUUAGGAUUGCUUGUUGUCUUUAUCUUAUCUGUCUGUUUUGGGGCCGGCUUAUUCGUCUUUGUCCUAAAGCGCAGAAAGGGGGUGCCCAGUGUGCCGCGGAGUGCCAACAACCUAGAUGUCAGCUCCUUCCAGCUACAGUAUGGGUCUUACAAUACCGAGGCUCAGGAUAAAAUGGACGGCCACGUCUAUAACUAUAUCCCCCCACCUGUGGGGCAGAUGUGCCAAAACCCCAUCUACAUGCAGAAGGAGGGAGACCCGGUAGCCUAUUACCGAAACCUGCAAGACUUCAGCUAUGGCAACCUGGAGGAGAAGAAAGAAGAGCCAGCCACGCUGGCUUACACGAUAAGUGCCACUGAGUUGCUUGAAAAGCAAGCCACGCCGAGAGAGCCCGAGCUGCUGUAUCAGAAUAUCGCGGAGCGAGUCAAGGAACUUCCCAGUGCAGGACUAGUCCACUAUAACUUUUGUACCUUACCUAAAAGGCAGUUCGCCCCUUCGUACGAAUCUCGACGCCAAAACCAAGACAGAAUCAAUAAAACCGUUUUAUACGGAACUCCCAGGAAAUGCUUUGUGGGGCAGUCAAAACCCGACCACCCUUUACUGCAAGCUAAGCCGCAGUCAGAACCAGACUACCUCGAAGUUCUGGAAAAACAAACUGCAAUCAGUCAGCUGUGAAGGGAUGCUGC